AGGGGGCGGGAGGACUCGGUUUCCCGUGAGGCGGCAGGAGCGGUUCCGGCGGGCGGCUCCGGCGGGCGCAGGCCGGGAUGGAGGCCGUGCCCCGCAUGCCCAUGAUCUGGCUCGACCUCAAGGAAGCCGGGGAGUUCGCGUUCAACGCCGCUGUCAAGAAGUUUGUCUUGAAGAACUAUGGAGAGAACCCAGAGAACUACAAUGAGGAGCUGCGGAAGCUGGAGGUUCUCCGGCAGAGCGCUGUCAACGUGCCCAGGGACUUUGAGGGCUGCAGCACGCUGCGGAAGUACUUUGGCCAACUCCACUACCUGCAGAGCCGCAUCCCCAUGGGCGCUGAGCAGGAGGCGGCGGUCCCCAUCGCGUGGACUGAGAUCUUCUCUGGCAAGACGGUGACUCACGAGGACAUCAAGUACGAGCAGGCAUGCAUCCUCUACAACCUGGGUGCGCUGCACUCCAUGCUGGGCGCCAUGGACAAGCGAGUGUCCGAGGAGGGCAUGAAGGUUUCCUGCACCCAUUUCCAGUGUGCUGCCGGGGCGUUUACGUACCUGCGGGAUCACUUCCCUCACUCCUACAGCGUAGACAUGAGCCACCAGAUCCUCAACCUCAACAUCAACCUCAUGCUGGGCCAGGCACAGGAGUGUCUCCUGGAGAAGUCCAUGCUGGACAACAGGAAGAGUUUCCUCGUGGCCCGGAUCAGCGCCCAGGUGGUGGAUUACUACAAAGAGGCCUGCCGGGCGCUGGAAAACUCGGAGACGGCCUCGCUGCUGGGAAAGAUCCAGAAAGAUUGGAAGAAGCUGGUUCAAAUGAAGAUCUAUUAUUUUGCUGCUGUGGCCCAUCUGCACAUGGGAAAACAAGCCGAGGAGCAGCAGAAGUUUGGGGAAAGGGUCAUCUACUUCCAGAGCGCUUUGGAUAAACUCAACGAAGCUAUCAAGCUGGCAAAGGGCCAGCCAGAAACCGUCCAGGAAGCCCUGAGAUUCACCAUGGAUGUGAUCGGUGGCAAGUACAACUCGGCCAAAAAGGACAAUGACUUCAUCUACCACGAAGCUGUGCCUGCUCUGGACACCCUGCAGUCCGUGAAAGGUGCUCCACUGGUGAAAGCCCUCCCUGUCAACCCCACGGAUCCAGCCGUCACCGGCCCCGACAUAUUUGCCAAGCUGGUGCCCAUGGCUGCCCACGAGGCCUCUUCGCUCUACAGUGAGGAGAAGGCCAAACUGCUGAGAGACGUGAUGGCGAAGAUCGAAGCCAAGAAUGAAGUGCUGAACCAGUUCACGGACUCCCUGCAACUGGACCCCGAGACCGUGGACAACCUCGACAUGUACAGCCACAUCCCCCCCAUCCUGAUGGAGAAAUGUGCCGCGCUCAGCGUGCGCCCUGACACCGUCAAGAACCUCGUCCAGUCCAUGCAGGUGCUCUCUGGGGUCUUCACCGAUGUGGAGGCUUCCCUGAAGGAGAUCCGAGACCUCUUGGAGGAGGACGAGGGGCAGGAGCGGAAGCUGCAGGAGCUGCUGGGGAAGGCCCCGGCGCCCCAGGGGUCCCCCCCGCCGCCAUCCCCGGGGCUGGCCGAGGUCAGCAAGGAGUGCUCCAAGUACCUGGAGGCGCACGAGAAGGCCAGCUUCACCAACACCGAGCUCCACAAAGCCAUGAACCUCCACAUCGGCAACCUCCGCCUGCUCAGCGGGCCGCUGGAGCAGGUCCGGGCGGCGCUGCCCUCGCCCACCUUGACCGAAGAUGACAAGCAGGUGCUGCAGAACCUGAAACGAAUCCUGGGCAAGGUGCAGGAGAUGAAGGACCAGCGGACGUCCCUGGAGCAGCAGCUGCGCGAGAUGAUCCAGAAGGACGAUAUCACCACCUCGCUGGUCACCACCGACCGCUCUGAGAUGAAGAAACUCUUUGAGGAGCAGCUGAAGAAGUACGACCAGAUCAAGGUGUACCUUGAGCAGAACUUGGCUGCCCAGGAGAACAUCCUGAAGGCCCUGACGGACGCCAAUGUCAAAUACGCGGCUGUGCGCAAGGUCCUGGCCGAGGUGGAGCACAAGUGGAACACGACCGUCCAGACCUUGGUGGCUUCCUACGAAGCCUAUGAGGACCUGAUGAAGAAAUCGCAGGAGGGGAAGGACUUCUACACCGACCUGGAGGGGAAAGCCGCCAAGCUGCUGGAGAAGGCCCGGGCUGCCUGCCAAGCCGCCGAGGCCAACAGGCAGCAGAUCCUGGAGAAGGAGAUGAAGAAGCAGCCGCCCCCUCGGCCCACGGCCCCCAAACCCGCCCUGCAGAGGAAAGCGCUGGAGCUGGACGCCGCGGGGCUGGACGCCGGCGACCUGCCGCUGCCCCUGAGCUCCCUGGUGCUGUCGGAGCUGCCGGAGGAGCUGCGCAGCCUGCCGCCCGAUGUGCUGGCCGGGCACCUGGCCCGCCUGCCCCCCGCCACGCUGACCGCGCUGACCCUCACCCCGGCCGCUGGCCUGCGGCCCCCCGAGCCAUUCCUGCCUGCGCCGCGCCUGGCCAGCGCCCCACUGCAGCCCUUCGCCCCCACCCACUUCCCGGCACCCCCUGCCCUCCCUGGGCACUACCGCCUGCCGCCGGUGCCCACUGUGUUGCCCACCUUUCCCCCUGGCGGGGGCUCUGCGGCACAGCUCCUGCAGCCCCCCGCCCCACAGGUGGCCGGGCCCCCUCCCAGCUCGGCCCCCACCGCAGCCCCCCAGCUCUUCCCGGCCGCCCCGCUGACGCGAGGCCCGGUGCAGCCCGGCUACGUGGGGUCCCCCACGCUUCCCCCCUGCUCAUCCCCGCAGCACAGCCCCCUGCCCGGCUCCGCUCCUGCUGCCUCCUACGGCCUGGGCCAGCCCGGUGUGCCCGCGGCUGGCCUCCCCCGGCCCCCCGCCCUGGGGCCAGCACCCAUGCGUGGCCCUGAGCCGGCCCCGGGCCCCCGGCCGGCCACCACUACGGUGGACAGCAUCCAGGCCCCCAUCUCCAGCUGCACCGUGCCCCCACGGCUCCCCGGCCCCUUCCUGGCCCCGCAGCGCCCGGGGCUGCCCGCUUCCCCCUUCCCCUACAGUCGGGGGGGGCUGCAGCCCUUUGCGCACCCCCCCCAGGCCCCCUUCCCUCCCAGGCACCACCCCCACACCUUCACCCCGGCGGCGCAGCUCCAGCCCCCCGUCGAUGUGCCCCCUCGUGCCCAGGGUCACCAGCCGUUCCCCCCACCCCCCUUCCUGCCCCCGGGGAGAGGCCAGGUCCCACUGCCCUUCCAGCCGCCCCUCCGGCCCCCCCUGGCCCAGUUUGCCCAGCAGCCCUUCACCGGCCCUGGUGGGGGGCAGCCCACGCUGCCACAGCUCUACCAGGUCCCGAGGCAGGACAAGCUGCACCCCCAGGGGGUCCCCCCCAGCACGGGUGCCCUGCCCUUCCCCAGAGCUCCUGGCCAGGGCCUUCCACCCACGCAGCCCCUGCACCCCACCCUGGGGGGGCUGCAGCCGGUGCCCCCUGCCUCCCCCGCUCUGCCCUUCUGCCCCAGCCCCGCACCCCCCAGCAGCCAGGUGCCCCCUGGCACCGUGGCCAUGGGCCCCCCACCGCCUGCCCCUGCCAGCCAGGCGGCCUCCCCCCACGUCGCCCCCUCUCCUAGCCCCAGCCUGAGCCAGGUGCAGGGCACGGUGGGGGUCCAGGGUCCCCUCGUCCCCUCCCCGGCCCCCUCCCCGCAGCCGGCGCUGCCCAUGCAGCCCCCAGCGCCGGUGCCCAGCUCUGGCAGCCUGCCGCAGAGACCCCCACCCUCGCUGACGCCCGGGGCGGCCCCGCUCUCCCAGGGCCCCAGCGAGGCCCCCUUCCAGCGGCAGAGCUCCUCCACCGACGAUCUCCUGUCCUCCAGCCCUGAGAGCCAGCACGGCGGCUCCAAGGCGGCCGUCGGCCAGCCCCUGCUGCAGCCCACCAAGGCGGAUGCCAAGGAAGGGCAGAAACCCAAAGCGGUGCAGCUGAUCGAGAACGAUCCCUACGAGAAACCGGAGCGAGUCCUACGGCUGCUGGGGGAACUCGACCGCUUCCGUGGGCUGGUGGAGCGGCUGGAGCAGCCGGGGCCCAGCGGCAGCGCCGAGCUGGACGCCGUCUGGAAGGAGCUGCAGGACAGCCAGGAGCGGGACGCCCGGCAGCUCUCCAUCGCCAUCGCCCGCUGCUACUCCAUGAAGAACCGGCACCAGGACAUCAUGCCCUACGACAGGAACCGCGUUGUCCUCUGCUCGGGCAAGGACGACUACAUCAACGCCAGCAGGGUGGAGGACCUCUCGUCCUACUGCCCCACCAUCAUCGCCACCCAGGCCCCGCUGCUGGGCACCGCUGCUGACUUCUGGCUGAUGAUCUACGAGCAGAAGGUCUCCGUCAUCGUCAUGCUGGUGUCGGAGCAGGAGCUGGACAAGCAGAAGGUGCUGCGGUACUUCCCGCCGGAGCGGGGCCAGCCCAUGGUGCAGGGACCCAUCACCCUGGUCCUCACCAGCCUGAAGGUCGCUCCCACCCACGUGGAGAGGAUGAUCACGCUGCAGUACCGUGACCAGAGCCUCAAGCGCACCGUCAUCCACCUCCAGUUCACCUCCUGGCCAGAGCUGGGCCUGCCUGACAGCAAGGGGAGCCUCCUCCGCUUCAUCCAGGAGGUGCACGGCCACUACCUACACCAGCGCCCGCUCCACACCCCCGUCGUGGUGCACUGCAGCUCCGGCGUGGGCCGCACCGGGGCCUUCUGCCUGCUCUACGCGGCCAUGCAGGAGGUGGAGGCCGGUAAUGGCAUCCCCGACCUGGCCCAGCUGGUGAAGCGGAUGCGGCAGCAGCGCAAGCACAUGCUCCAGGAGAAGCUCCACCUCAAGUUCUGCUACGAGGCCGUCCUGCUGCACGCCGAGCAGGUGCUGCACCGCCACGGCGUGGGUGCCCCCGCCGUCCCCAAGGCCACCAACAGUGCCUCCCCCAAGCUCUACUUCCCGCAGGACCCCCAGGACCUGGUGCUGGGGGGGGACAUGCCCAUCAGCUCCAUCCAGGCCACCAUCGCCAAGCUGAGCAUCAAACCAGCGGGGACCAGUGGGGAGCCUGGGGGGGGCUGGGGGCCCGAUCCUGCCCCCCUGCUGGACCCCACCACCACUAUGGAGGUGCCCCUAGUGCUGCCUGACAGCCUGAUGGACGGUGUCCCUGAGCCGCCCCCAGCGGGCCCACCCGUCCCUGAGCCACCCGGUGACACCGAGAGCAGCGACCAUGUGCUGGAGAGCCCUGAGACCCCCGGGGGGCAGCUGGUGGCCCCCCCUGCUGCGCUCUCCUCGCUGGAGCUGCUGGCCUCCCUCACACCCGAGGCCUUCACCCUGGACGCCUCCCUCAAGGGCAAGCAGCGGAUGAACAAGCAGAACUUCCUGCAGGCGCAGACGGGCGAGGGGCUGCGGGGGCCCCGGCCCAGCGACGACCCCCUCAGCAUGCUUGACCCCCUCUGGACGCUUAACAAGACGUGAGGAGGGGGCAGGGUCUUGGGCUCGCCCUGGCCCCCUAAACCCAGCACUACAGCCCUGGGGCUGCUGCCCUGUCCCCCAGGCCCCAGUUUGGGACUGGAGCACCCCAGGGACCUCCUAGGGUACCCGGUGGGGGGGGGGGGGGGGUGUCCUACCUUCCCUCUGUCCCCCCCAGCCCCUCUGCUUUAUACAGGUGUAACACUGGCCCUCGCCACGUUCUUUGACUCCUGUUAGAACUGACUUUUUCAGCUCUUUGCUACUAAAAUAAAGAGAGUUUGAUCUGCA